AUGGGACUCCAUGAUAUUGGUCUACCGCAAGACCGACUUCCACAUUGUUGGUCGGAUGAUGUGCGAAUGAAUGCUUUAUUUGCGCCCUUCCGUUUGAAGUCCGUGAAUCCUGAAUCAUGGGAGAUGAAAAUGAAGUUCUGGUGUGACAUAGUUCAACAAUGGUGUAAAUAUAAAAAGGAUCCAAUUAUAUCUGCGUCCGAUAUAAAAUGCGCUUUUCAGCGCAAAGGUCGUACAGCUGCAUGCAUCGACAUUGUUGUUGAAGAAAUGUUUCGUAAUGGAGACCUCUGUCCACUCUCAAAGUAUCCGCAAAUACUUCACAAUGGCGCAGAAGGAUGGAUGUGGUGGGGGGCUAAGCUUGCCUUCAAACCAGCUGCAUUAGCUUUAACUGCUGUGUCGUCACUGCUUCCAGCCAGACAGUCUAUUGACAAUGAUGGAUUACCCAAGAGUAAUAUUGAUGCCACACAGAGAUUUGUUCUUGAAAGUGCUGUUAAGAAGCUGGCUACAGAAUUGCUUAAUUCAUACCCUCCAGGUGUGGAGAGAAUAGGCACCAUUGAACAUCAUAUGAAGAACACUGGCAACACCAACCGGGAGACGUUUGAACUGCUCCUUGGUUAUUUGGUGUCUCAAGGUGCUGCUGUUAAGCAGGGAGAUGUGGUUAAAUUAGCGGAGCCAAACAAAAAAGCCGCUCCCAUAUCCGAAAUGGACGUAGCGUUGGUGAAAUUGAUUACUGCGGAACAGAAGUUGUGUGAAGACAUGAGCAGAUUGUCCAAGGAAGUCCUCAUGGUAGACAAUGACGUCAGAGCCGCAUUGAAGCUUGGGAACAGGCUGGCUGCGAAGAAUCAUCUCCGUCGGAAGCACAUAGCUCAAAAAAGGGUUGACAAAUGCGAAUCUGCGUUGCACAAUGUCAAGCAACUGCUGGAACAGGCGAGGGACGUCGAUGUCAAUGCAGCUGUUGUUGACACGUAUCGGACGAGUGCCAAAGCAAUGAAGACUACGAUGAAGGAGGGCGGACUCGAAGAGGAUUUGGUCCACGAUACUAUGGACGAUUUGAAAGAGGUCAUGGACGCAUACAACGAAGUGGGGAAAGCCUUGGGUGGGACCAUCGAUGAUGAAGACCUGAACGAGUUGGAAGAGGAGCUGAACGAACUGCUCUCUGGACCUGGUGGAGGAGACGGUGGUACUCCCGAGAAGGACAAAGACGUCAAACUCCCGUCCCCGCCGUCGGUCAAGCCAAAGCGGUCGUCGGAGAGGGAGUUCGUGUUCGACGGCGAAGAGCAGAUGUUGGCCGACCUCAACCAGUUGGGCUUUGACGACACUCCGCGGAAGGACCGAGUGGGCGCGGAUGUAGGAGGUGAGAGAGAAACACACUCCCCCAAAAGGAAGAGUAAAGACUCAAAAUGGUCGCAAGAAAAGGGGAACUGGAGUGAAAAGCUGGACUCGAAUCUUCAAGAUCUAAGUCAGGAGUAUGCCGAAGUGCGCUUGGAUGAGAGACUGCAUCCAGGCCAAGAGCUGAAAGUUGACUUUACACAGUCCCCUCGGCAUUUCGCGUCCGAUUUCCAAGUGCGCGACCACAAAAGUGAGUCCGGCGUGUGGCUGUUCAACAGCGAGGACUCGCGGAGGGCGGAUCUCGCCACCAGCACCAAAUAUUCUCGUGCGUCCAGCCCCGGCAAGUCGGAGAGUUCGUUCCUGAUGGCCGUGGGUGGGGAAAGAAGACCUCCGUCCCGCUCCUCCCCCUCCCCCACCACCUCCCCAGACUCCUCAGAUAGCCCCCCGCCCCCGAAGGAUAGUCCCGACGAGAUGCAAGAUCUGCAGAAGCGGCUCAAUAAUUUAAGAGGUUAUUAA